GUCACAGAAGCAAUGAGUUCCCGGUCUGCAGCCAUGGUACCAGCGGUCACAGUCACACCCUCAACAAAUGCCACUGGCAAGGUGGGCCCUGAGCCUGCCACCUCUGCAGCCCAACCUGGUGCCCCGGCACCAGCACCGUCAGCCACAAAGGAGCCCACCAGCUCUAGCAUGAAAGACCCUUCUACUGAGAAGGAGCCCGGCACCCACCGUGUCAGCAUUCAGACACCUUCCAUGCAGUCUGCUGCCAUUGGGAAGAAAGAGAGCACUGCAGUUGAGGAAAAACAGGAGGGGGAGGACACAGCUGAUGACCCAUAUGGGUUGGCUGACAAGCGCCGCCAAGAGCUGCGUGAGCGGCUGCUCUACCUCACCCAGCCGCGCGCCUCGAUCCUGAGCGAGCGCUCGGACGCGCGUCCGGGCGCCUGUGAGCAGCGCAGCGUCAUCAGCCAGUACCUGCGGCAGCGCGACCCGCGGCUCUUCAUCAGCAGCCAACGGCGCGUGGUGCGCUCCUUCCUGCCGCCCGUGUUCCGCAGUCGCCACUCGGCGGCCGACGACCGGCCGCAGCGCAUCACCAGCUCUCAGCGUCGGGAGCCGGAGAAGCUGGCGGAGAACCAGCGCGAGAUGGAGCGCAUGUUCUCCACCAAGAAGCACCGCAUGCCGGCAGAACAGGAGCUGGAGGACCGCAUCCUGCGCGAGCGGUGCCAGCUGCCGAUGCUGGCCCGCGCCAGCGCCCACUGCCACCGUAGUCAGCUGAAGCACAACUUUUGUAUCGACGUGCUGGAGCGCGGCUGCCACCACGCGCACACGGAGAUGUACCACAUUUUGCGGCGCGACUCGGCGCAGAAGGCGGCCGCCAAGGCGCCGGCACCGCUGAUCGAGGAGACGCCGCACAAGCUGCAGAAACUCAAACAGUGCCUGGUCGACGUGGAGGAGUCUGUCCGACGACACGACUACAUGUCCGCCUACGGAUCGGCCAACGAUCUCGCUUUCCUUCUUUCUGAAGGACCCUCCUGACCUGUGGCUGGCUAACCACUUCUUCGACAAGUGCCUCGAGUUCGGCAAGAAAAUCGAGGACGAUGGCAAAAUGCGGGAGAGCGAGGCUCACUGCAACGUGGGAAUCAUGUGGUUCUUCGAAGACAACAUCAGCGCUGCGCUGACGCACCUGGAGAAGUUCCGCCGGCUCUCCUACAAACAGGUGUGGGAGACAAUGGACAACUACAGCUACUACCGCUACUCGUGCCUGCUGCUGCAGGACGUCUACCUCAGCCAGGCGGUGGCCGCCGAGAAGGAGGACCUCGAGAAGGCCUUCAAACUCUACCUCAGAGCCUCCGUCAUGGCCAACCAGGCCCAGAACAUGCAGGCCGAGGCGAUGGCUCAGUACAACCUGGGAGAGAUCCAGGAGAAGAUGGGCAACUGGCAGAACGCGCUGCGCCGCUACGAGGCCUACCUGCGGCUCUCGGACAAACUGCUCAACUUCAAGGGAGUCUGCACGGGCUGCUUCAAGAUCGCAAAGUGUCACGCCGCGAUGGGUAAGCUCCCUUUGGCGGUGGACAAUCUGAAGCGCAGUGAGCACAUAGCGCGCGGACAGCACCUGGACGAGGAGAUUAUACGGGCCAGCUCGGAGCUGGGACACAUCUACCUCUCCAUGGGUAAGAACGACCAGGCGUUCCGGCAGUUCUCUCAGGCGUGGAACUACGUGGAACUGGCCGAGAGCGUCAUCAACGACCACAGUUACGUGGCGAGCGCGAUGGUCGGUAUCAGCAGCGCCAGCCGUCUGGUGGUGGACUUCAGCGACCUGGUGUACCGCGCCGAGCCGGAGCAGCUGCAGAGCCUGCUGCUGUGGAGGGCCGCCAGACAGGGCGUGCAGGCAGAGGAGGCGCCCGCCGCCCAGAACAAGUGGAUGUAGUGGAACGUGGGGCGUGGGGGAGAGCGGGGAGGGGAGGGAGAGACUGGGAGACGAACGACGCGCGACGGUGUUCGUUGUUGGACUGUGUGUUGGCUGUUACAGUGAGAUUGUUGAAUUAAUGGCUAGUUUGUUGCAGAUUUGAAUCAAGUGUGGAAAGGAUGCUAUCGAUAAGGUUUAUUAGCCGGAUUGGUCACGAGGCUGCGGUGUGUUGUCAGCGACUUUGAAGGAGACGUCACAUAUUUGUUAUUGCUAGCUCAAAUUAUGGCUGCUCGGGUGGCCAAUGUUUUUUUUUUCCAGCAACUUUUGUCUGAACAUUCUUGGCAUCAUCGGUAAUCGCGUACAUAAAUCUCUGUUCGGCUCAAUUGUCUGCCGUCACUUGUUUUCCAUGUCUUCUUUUUGAUGGCCUUGAUUUGGUAGACAUCCACCGGUCAUUCUAUUGUAAAGUGCCAUUGCAAUAUAGGUAAACAAUUGUUAACUCGUCCUUUUCUGAAUGACUACCCCUUUUCAUUUUACCGAAUUCCUCGAUUUACUGCCAAUUUCUGACACGUAGUGCAGGUCGCUCACUGUUGCUGCUCCCGUUUAUUGCUUGUCACGGGGCGGAGCGAUGACGGACGGGGGUGGUCGCUGUCGUCAAAAAGGCGACGGCUGUGUACAAGACAUGGCCACAUGUAGGCAAUAAACGGCAUAGGAAGCA